AUGCCUACAUGGGCUACUGAACCCAAGACUGUCAGUAAGGAAGAAAAUCCACCUGCUAAAAAGAAGAAUCAGAAAGAUUCUGGUAUACUCUCAAGACAUACUUCAGAAAGUAACAAGAACUCCCAAAGCAAGACGAAGAAAGCUUCUUCUCGUUGUUCUUCUUCCUCCAAGGAUAUAACAUCUGAAGGAAAGAAGGGUGAUGAAAUUGAAAUUGACGAAUUGGAGGAGACCCCAAGGAGAGGUAAGCUGAAUUCUGGAUAUCUAACUUCGGAACGCCGCAUUCAGUUCAUGCACGUCACAUCUUCAGGUCAUUUCGGUAUGCUCGACUCCAUCAUUCCCCCUACCUUCCGAGCCAAUAAAACAAUUCCAGCAUCUUCGUGUUCCAAAACCUCUUCUCGCAAGAAAUCAGCUUCUUCCUCUAAAAAGACCAAGCCGGCUCCUAAUGAUCCUUCGAAUUCUCUAAAAUUCACUAAGUCCGAUCCUGGACCCUCUACUAACAGGAAAGGUAGAAAAUCAAAAAAGACAAGUGAAAGGAAAGGGAACGAUGAUAUUCAAGAAGAAGAUGAUGGGUGUUAUGAUCAUCAAGGAUUCUGGAUAUCUACUCCUAGACCUCUUCCUUCACAAAAGGAUAAUGAGAAACCUCUGGGGGAAGCAGGGGAUCAAGUCGCUCACAAUGACGCUUGUAUCGAUGAAACAGCACACGAUGAUAACGGUCAAACCACUCCACCAAACAGAGGUACAAGGAAAGAGAUAUACACAUCUCCACUUACUCCUCCUUUGACCGAUCUUCGAACACCUGCUUUCCAACGUAAUGCAUUUGUCCAGGAUCCUCAGACAAAGGCAGACUAUGCAAUACCACUACUACCACCUCAAACCCAUUUGGUCUUCGGUAAAACGCACUUGAAAGAUAUUCCCCUUCCCGCUUAUUAUCAACAUGAAGAAAUGUCGAAAAAGGAACCACUCUUCCUACCUAUGUCUCCCGACACUCAAGAUAUCGACAUACCCCUUCCAUUUGCGAUUGAACAGUCUGAAGAAGAGGAAGAAAUGGUAGAAUACCCUUUGAAAAGACCCACUACUCGCAGAGCUACUGAUAGAGUACAAGAGCCGUAUCUUUCACCAACUGAUUCUCCAGAACCAAAUGGAAUGUUUGGAGCCAUUCCAGCGCCCAAUAUCCUGAUCAACCGACUGACGGAAGAUGGGAAGAAGAAGAAGAGAGACAGUCGCAAAGACCGACAACCGUACAACGUGGAGAAGUCCCAUCUGCGAGCAACGUCUCGUUGGAGGGAUCCUUUUCUCCAUAUUCCGAUCUCAAGUGAUGGCGUACCUGCUUCCGCUCUAUCAGAACUCUCAGAUCCCGCACGAUCUCCUUUGAGCGAGGACUUCGAACUUAUACCUAAUAGCAGUGAUGAGGAAACUGCUCCUCCGGCCCCCUUCAUUCUCAGCACACUGUCAACAAACCCUGGUCCCCCUUCUCGACGAGCUCAAAACAAGAGUAAGUCAACUUCUCGCAAAACAAUUACAUAUGGGAAAGGUAGAUCUCAUGCUUUUCGACAUGGAAUCCCACUUCCCCAUGCCACAUCACAAAAUCUCACCUUAGGUCAUCACGCUCCAAGCCCAUCAUACCAUGGUGCGAAAAGGAAAGGUUCUACUAGCAUUUGGCCUAAUCCAUCAUCUUCCUCAUCAGGACCUGACGGUGUUGACGCUCUCGAGCUUGACCAAGACCAAGGCGAUCACACUGAUGUCCACUCCAGACCCAGGAAGAAGAAACGUACCUGGACCAGAAAUGGUCCUAGACCUGAUGAACGAUUGAACGGAUUGUUUGGUGAAGUAGAAGCUCGGCCUUAUCGAUAUCGCCACAGAAGAAGUAAAAAACAUCGUUACCCUGUUACCUCAGUAUUCAAAAUUGUAGAACGGCAAGAAGAAGGGGAGGAUGAAUAUGUUGAUAUGGAUCAUGAUUCAUCUAGAAGAAGGGAGAAAAGGAGAAAGAGGGAAAUUGAAAAGCGAUAUCGAGUUGAAGGAAGGGAUGAAGGAAGAUUGCAGAUGUCUAGAAACAAAUCUUGUCAGCCGAGAAUUGACGGAUAUCUGGAGCAAGUCAAGAAGACUCUUACCCUGCCCAAGAAAGCUCUCCACGACUCGAAAGCAGCUCGGGCCCGUAGCUACAAGCGAUUAAGAGGUGUACCUGGCUAUGCCUCCAAGCCCAUCGAUACUAUCCCAUAUAGUGAAUAUGUGGCUAAAUACAAACAGCCACUCUCGUCCAAAUCGAGUUCAUCAAGUCAACCCACACCUAAAGAUUGGAUUGGUGGCAGGGUGAACGAGCUCAUUGCUGCUGGAAGAAAAGCAAGAUUCGAAUUGGCUAUUCGAAAGCAGAGGCCUAAUAUUCGAGAUAUCACACCUCGAUUACCACUGGUUCCUCUCAAACCUACUCAAGAUGAUCCCCAAAACGAAGAUGAGAUUGACGCAGAGCCUUCUCGUCCGAUUCGAAGAAGGGGACCAUCUCUUGGAUUACCUCUUGCCAAUAAAAUACCGAGAUUACCGUUCACAGCGAAGGACCCGAAUUCCAGUGGUCGUGUAACCAAGACGUCAGAUUCCACAGAAAGCUCCCACCCAAGAGCACCCACUUCUGUGUUGAGGGACCUGUUCCCUCCUCCAAUAUUACGGUCUAAUAGAAGAAAGGAGAUGCCUUCAGCGUUCAGACAGUCUAAUGAUCCGCCGGAGCGUAACUUUGCAAGUCAGAUGAUAGCGCUCAGCGAAACACCUCCAUCGUUGCCGAGAGACCAGGAAGAUCAUGUCGCUAGAGAUGAUCCAAUCGUAGACUAUACACAAGGAUCUCAAUUCCCAUCUGAAGAUACAACUGACAUCGUCCUCCCUCUGAGUACCACCGCGGAACCCGCUUUCCAAGUUCCCCAAGACGCUGAAAAUCGACCGUCGCUUCUUUCACAAUCGGAGACGCCCUCGCAAUUUUGGAAAAGGCUCGACGUAAUAUACCCUCCCGAUGCAGAAGCGAAGGCACCAUUUCCGCAUCGGGAGGACAUAGCUCCAGAGCUCACUCAGGGGCCAAUCCCUAUCACUGCCGAUCGUGAAGAACAAAGACUAAACUCAAACGUUGAUGCCCCUCGCCAAUCUGAGAUUGGAUCAGACGUUCCACCUCUUCCAGCGUCACAGCUACAGUUGGAUUUCGAGGCUUUAGCAAACAAAAUUGAUCCUUUAGAUCUGAGAAUGUUGGUACAGGAACUUGAUCAGCAAGAAGCAGACAGAAUUAGCAAGAAGAACAGUCGAUCUCGUGAUGUUAGUCAAAAGCAUCGGAGCAAGACUAGGUCAAUUCAACCUUCUCAGCAAGUUAUCGCAAGAGAAGCUCCGAGCAAUUCGCCUACAAAAGGUCCUCCCAAUGAGAUAACCCCAGAUCUGCAGAAAUCAAGCAUCGUCAAUUAUGCCGAGCGUCAUCCUUGUGUUGUAGGUUCUUCUGCCGCAAGUCGCAGGAUGAGUGGGAUGGAAGUCACGGAGCACCUCCUUCAACGUGCAUUACUUCCUGCAGUGGUACAGAGCUUCGACAAGACCUUUGUCAAUACAUCGAAACGUGGCGCUUCAGCAGAUGGCCUGGCAGGACAUCUUUCGAGGAAGGAUGUUCGAGAAGAGAGAGCCAAGAGGAUCUUGGAGAAAAGAGAGAAUCAAAAGGCUAAAGAGAAACAAACAACGCUUAACUUCAAAUCGUCGCAGCCUCUGUCCAAACCAACGGCAGAAGUAGCUCAACAUUCCUCUUCAGAAGAGGAAGAGGAGAUUGAACAAGUUGAACCGCAACGUCCGUUACCCCCCAAGACGCUCAGUGAGGCCUAUCUACCUGUUCAUCCUCCUCCAUCUGCUCAACCUCGCGUGAAAAAGAGAGAUUCGGCUCCAUCUAAGUUCAAUCUGGGUAACAAACCGGUAGUCAAGUCUUUCAAGGACGCCAAGCAGCCUAGUGCUCAAGCUUUAGCGGAGAGAAACCAAAGACUUUCCAGAGAUGCAUUAGGAAGCAUCUUCGUUCCACCCGUUGGACCAAGUCAAGUUUCUCCAGGCCAAAAUCGGCAGAUCUUCUUAGAACCUACUCAAUUAGGCACUCAAUCUACUCAAGCACCACCCGCAGCUCAAAGAUCUCGAUCAUCACAAAGUGGAUUUGAUACCAGGGACGAUGGUCUGACUCAAGCCAGAAGUAAACAAUGGAGAUCAGGACGUUCAGAACACGAGUGUCUCAAUCCCACUCAAGUGGGAGAGACUGAGGCAGGUCUCGAACUAGAUUAUAAGACGCAGGCUUCCAGACGCGAACACAGUAGAUCGCAAAGAAAAAAUCAAGGUGGUAAUCCGUUCAAAGAUUAUUUGACGGUAUUUGAAGGUCCGACACAGUUGGACCCAGAUCCUACCCCGUCGAAAAAGGUUGGAAAGUUGGAUGAUCCAAGAGAGUGUGAGAGUGAACGGAGAAAGGGUAAGAGACAUAUGUCUACCGCUGAUUGGAAAGAGUCACAAGAUGGCUAA